GUGUUACCUGUAGCGACGUCUCCAGUCCACUCCUUUCAAACAACGCUCAGGUGAGCAGGAAUCUACCGAUCGUUAAAAACAUCAAAACCAGGAAGGAAGCUAACUGAGGAUCACUCUGUUAACCUACGUUCUAGUUGCAUUAAGGAAUUAACGUGGACUUGAGUGACAAAAUAUUUGAAGAUCCGUGUUAAGAUCACGGAGAAUACACAGCGUUUGCUCUUCAACAUAAUGCGACAGUCUUGUGGGAGGGGCUAGUUUCAGCGACAGGUAACUCUAAUUAUCGGUACACCUGCACGCGAAAGACAGGUUGUGAAUCCGGUCCAGCUUCCUCUUGAGCCCUCCAUCAUGAAGUUUCCUGCACUGCUGUUGGGUUUUGUCUUGGUGUGUAGUCUGGGUAUCGCUGGCUACAUCCAUACCAGACGAAAGCAGGAGACGCAACUGAGUAAACAGGCUUCAUUUCUAGAUAUUAAGUUAAGAGUGACCAGAGAUGUUCUGGGAGAAUACCAAGAUCAGCUGAUCCAGUCCAACACACUGCUGGAAAAAAUAAAAAAAGAGGUGGGCAGUCUAACCAAAGACCUGUCCGUAGCCAAGACCUUUGUAGAGAAGAAAAUAGGUGACAUUGCUGCAUGUAAAGGAGACAAGAAACGAUUAACAGAUGAAAUUGCUGCUGCAGAGUCAGAAAAGAAACAUAUCCAGAUCAAGUUUGUGAAGGAGAAGUCACAGUGGGGAAUCGAAGCUGAAUCUCUAAAAAAACAAAUGGAGCAGUUGAGCACACUUUGCAAGUACAUCGACAAGACGUCUGAGGAGGGAAAGAAACUGUGUAAAAUAACCGAAGAGCCACAACAGCCAGCGGCAAAGCCCAAGGAAACGCAAGCGGAAAAACCCAAGGCUGAGGAAGCUAAAGCUGAGGAACCGAAACCGGAGGAACCAAAAGCGGAGGAGUCAAAAGCUGAACAGCCAAAAGUAGAUGUGGUGUGAAGAAAAACCAAGUGGAUGAGUAUGUGUGUGUUAGGGGAGUGGAGAACAAGACCACGUCAGCGUCCGCUGGAGAAUUGUAUAGGACGAUUAACUAACUUGAACGUCUUGCUUGGGUUGAUCUCCAGCAUUCCAAAGGCAUCCCUGGAAUGACACACACUUUGGGUUCAAGGUUUGACUGACAACAUCACAUGUGGUCUGUCAUAUUCCUCCUGUGUUUUCUGACAAAUAAUUGUGUGUUUAUGAGGAAUAUGGGAUGAUGCAUGUGUGAAAAACAUGUAUUUAUUUUUUGAAAAACUCAAUUUCUUUCUUUUUUUUUCAGAAAAAGAGUGUUAGGUUUCUUUGCUUUCUGGGUGUGUUUGAUUUUUUAUAUUUUCCCCCCUGUAGUUUACCUUGCCUGUGUUACAGUGUCAUUCUGACCCUCCCUCAGGCUCAUUCAUACAUCCCGCUUGUAUCGACCAAUGGGAAAACUCUGACCCUCUUACUGUCACAUCUAAUCAUCCUCACUCUGUUACCCCGGUUACUAUUGUUAUGCAGUCCUGACAACACCGAGUUGAACCAAUCUGAGCCUUCAGUGAAGCAGAAAACCAGUUACGAAGUUGUAAGAGUUGCUGACUCUUGCUCUCCUUUGUUGUAAGUUUUGGUUUUAUGCUGACAUAUUGUGAUGUGUGAUGUAAAAUAAAAAUAAUGUCAGAGUAUGACUGGUCAUUUCUUUUAUGUAUUCUUCCAGUAAAUGGACGUUUACCACUUCGCAAUGUAAAGCUAUUUAAAAUGCUUGUCUAGUCAAUGUAGUCUGCUUUUAAUCUUACUUGCUUGACUAAUGAACUAAUGCUUGAAUAAUUUGUUAUUCUAGGCUGUUUAACCAGUUUGAUGGGUAUAUAAGUUAUGUUGGGUGUUUCAGGUGCAAUGUGGUUUGAGA